GACAUAUCGGAGCUUCUGAGCGGCUGGAGACGUGAUUCAUAUAUCAGUCAAUAUGUAUUUACUGCAUAUGUUGAAUAUUCUAGCUGCAAAGUCGGCAGCUACCCACUGACUAUUAACAAGAAAUUUAAUUAAUAGAACCGAAAGAAGGAGAAAACGUUUCACAUGCCCGCAUACACCGAUUCUGAUAUACUGCAGCUGUUAAAACAUGUUGGGGUGAGUCUGUAAACAGAAGGGCCUAUGUGUAUGUUUCGUUAAACGCACUAACCUAGAGCUCUUAGCUGCAUAGGCUGCCUGUGACGUUCCAGAGCUUCCCUCGUCGUGUGUGGUGAUCCUUUGACUCUUAACAUUCCCCAUAUCAUUGAACAUCAACCAGCAGUCUUCCUUCACUUGCAUCAUUCAAGUCAUGCGCGCAUGAUAAGUGCCUGAUUAUUACCUUGUUGGGUGUAUUUCCCCAGUUAUCUGGUGCUCAGGCUGAGGCUCCCGCGACGAUAAGAUGACACGACUAUCUGCCGUCAUCGCAGCAACAGCAGUGCUGCUUGCUGCAACAACAAUAAAUGCAGACCCCCUCACGCCGAAACACGAGGCCGGCCGAUGUGCGAUUCGUGGACAUUGCGGGAAGAAGAGCUUUUUCGGAAAGGAGCUACCAUGUCUCGACAACGGAUUGGCCAAACAACAGUCCGAAGUAGACGAUGAUUUCGCCAAAGACAUCGAGGCCCUCUGCGGCGCAAAGUGGAGGGACAGCAAGGUCUGUUGCGACAGAGACCAGCUCGACUCCCUCAAGUCCUCCAUGUCGACUCCAAACCAGAUCAUCGGAUCCUGCCCGGCUUGCAAGGACAACUUCUAUAACUUGUUCUGCACCUUUACUUGUUCCCCCGACCAGUCGCUGUUCAUCAACGUCACCAAGACACAGGAUAAGAACGGAAAGCAGCAGGUCACCGAGUUAGAUCAGCUCAUUACGAAGGAUUAUGGGACAGGUUUCUACAACAGCUGUAAGGAUGUCAAGUUCGGCCCUUCCAAUUCGAAAGCCAUUGACUUCAUCGGCGGUGGUGCCAAGAACUACACGCAAAUGCUCAAGUUCCUCGGCGAUGAGAAGGCCAUCGGCUCACCUUUCCAAAUCAACUUCCCAACUUCCUAUUCCGAGCCUGACAUGGCACCCAAGGAAAUGAAGCCGAAAAAGUGCAAUGACGAAGACCCGGCAUACAGAUGUUCAUGUGUAGACUGUCCAGCAGUGUGUCCGGCACUGCCGCAUGUUGAGCGCAAGGGCUCUUGCAAGGUGGGCGUGUUGCCUUGCCUGUCUUUUGCCUCCAUCUUCACAUACAGCGUGUUAUUGUUCUCCCUUGUCAUUGUGGUUGCAGGGCAUAUUGCUUAUCGCCGCCACGCUCGCAAGCAGCAUGAGCGGCUGCAUGUCCUGCAAGCCCCGGAGAGUGAUGACGACGAUGAUGAGGGUCAUCUGGUCCGCAACGGAGCCAUGUAUGACAGACCUCAGAGGUACUACAGGAUUAAUACUCUGUGUGACCGUGCCUUCAGCAAGCUUGGUCAUGUCUGUGCCCGGUUCCCGGCAAUUACUAUAUUCACAAGCUUGGUGGUGGUCAUCGUGCUGAGCGUCGGAUGGAUAAAGUUUGACGUGGAAAGGCAACCCGAAAAGCUUUGGGUCAGCCCAACAUCGGCAGCUGCUCAGGAGAAAGCCUUCUUUGAUGAGAACUUUGGCCCAUUCUACCGUGCUGAAAAAGUGUUCUUGGUCAACGACACUGGCGGCCCUGUCCUGAACGGUGACGUGAUCAAGUGGUGGAUGGAUCUCGAGAAGGAUGUAAAGCAGCUUAAAAGCCCCAGCUUCGGUGCUACACUACAAGAUGUAUGCUUCAAACCAACUGGCCCUGCUUGUGUGGUACAGUCAGUGGCAGCCUAUUGGGAUAACUUGUACUUUGACAAGGAUUCCUGGAAGAGAGAUCUUCAAGAAUGCGCCAGAUCCCCUGUCAAUUGCCGACCUGACUUUGGUCAACCCAUUGAGCCGAAUAUGGUUCUUGGUGGUUACAACGGUAUUGAUGACGUUGCCAACGCACCUGCCAUGACCGCCACCUGGGUCGUCAGCAAUUAUGCAGAAGGGAGCCCCGAAGUUACCAGAGCCAAGGACUGGGAACUAGUACUUAAAGAUCGUCUUUUACAAGCACAAGAUGAGGUUGCCGAGAAAUUCGGGCUGCGCUUGUCCUUCUCAACUGAAAUCAGUCUGGAGCAGGAACUGAACAAGUCCACCAACUCUGAUGCCACAAUCGUCGUCAUCAGCUACAUUGUGAUGUUUCUCUAUGCAUCACUAGCUCUGGGCUCUACUAGCAUGAGCCUCCGCGAGUUGCUCAGAAACCCAGCUGUUGCAUUGGUACAGAGCAAGUUUACACUGGGUUUCGUCGGUAUCCUGAUUGUCUUGAUGUCCAUCACCGCAUCUAUUGGUCUAUUUUCAUGGGCCGGCAUCAAGGCAACCCUAAUUAUUGCGGAAGUCAUCCCCUUUAUUGUUCUUGCGGUCGGCGUGGACAACAUCUUCCUUAUAGUUCACGAAUUCGAUCGAGUCAAUAUUAGCCACCCCGAUGCUAUGGUCGAGGAGCGAAUUGCAAAAGCUCUUGGUCGCAUGGGCCCUUCGAUUCUGUUCUCCGCUAUUACUGAGACUGUUUCGUUCGCUCUCGGCGCUUUCGUGGGCAUGCCUGCGGUAAGAAAUUUUGCCAUUUAUGCCGCCGGAGCAGUCUUUAUCAAUGCACUGCUGCAGAUGACACUCUUCAUCUCAAUCCUAUCAUAUAAUCAGAUCCGUACCGAGGAUCAUCGGGCAGACUGCUUCCCUUGCAUUCAGGUCAAAGCCGCUCGUGUUCACCUGAACGGCAAUGCACAUACAGGUCCUAGACCCUAUGACGGACCAGAAGAGAGUUGGUUGCAGCAAAUCAUCAGGAAGCACUAUGCACCGGCUCUGCUGGGCAAAAAGGCCAAGGUCUUCAUUAUCGUUUUGUUCACCGGUGUGUUGGCUGCUGGUAUCGCCUUGAUUCCUGAAGUUAAGCUUGGUCUCGAUCAACGAGUAGCUCUUCCAGAUGAUUCCUACCUAAUCGACUAUUUCAACGAUUUGUACAACUACUUGGACACCGGCCCGCCUGUCUACUUUGUCACAAAGGACCUGAAUGCUACACAACGCAAACAUCAACAAGAGAUCUGCUCUCGCUUCACCUCUUGUAAUGAUUUAUCACUCACUAACAUCCUCGAGCAAGAGCGCAAGCGACCCGCGGUUUCUUACAUAUCUUCUCCCACGGCUAGCUGGGUUGAUGAUUUCUUUUUAUGGCUCAACCCAGACUAUGAUACGUGUUGCACAGAGGGCCGCGAGACAUGUUUCGCCAACCGCGACCCUGCUUGGAACAUCACAAUGGACGGGAUGCCCGAGGGUGACGAGUUCGUUUACUACUUGAAGAAGUUCCUGAAGUCGCCUACCGAUGAUGAGUGCCCACUUGGAGGACAAGCUUCCUACAGCUCGGCCGUCUCUAUCGACGAAAAGGCAAACACUAUCCGCGCCAGCAGCUUCCGCACUAUGCAUAAGCCUUUGCGGAGUCAGGAAGACUUUAUGGACGCAUACGCGGCGGCUCGCCGUAUCGCUGAUGACUUCCAAGCUAAUACUGGCAUUGAAGUAUUUCCCUACAGUGUGUUCUAUAUCUUUUUCGACCAAUAUGCUGGCAUUGUCAACCUCAGCGCCACGCUUCUUGGGUCUGCUGUGGCGGUCAUUUUCGCUGUCUCUUCGGUUCUUCUGGGCUCUGUCCUAACAGCUCUCGCGGUGACAAUUACGGUUGUUAUGACUGUAAUUGACAUCAUCGGUGCCAUGGCUGUCUUUAAUGUCUCACUUAACGCCGUAUCGCUUGUCAACCUGAUCAUUUGUGUUGGCAUCGCUGUCGAGUUCUGCGCUCAUAUCGCUCGCGCUUUCAUGUUCCCCUCGGCUUCCGUCAUGGAGCGCGCUAAACACCGCUUUAGGGGUCGUGACGCGCGUGCUUGGACGGCGCUUGUCAACGUUGGUGGCUCCGUGUUCAGCGGUAUUACAGUCACAAAACUUCUUGGAGUAUUUGUUCUGGCCUUUACAUCAUCAAAGAUCUUUGAGAUCUACUACUUCCGUGUCUGGCUCGCGCUCGUCUUCUUUGCAGCCACGCACGCCUUGAUUUUCUUGCCCGUACUGCUGAGUUUGAUUGGUGGCGACGGCUAUGUCGACCCUGAGAGUGAGGGAGGACUGGUCGAGGAUUUGGCGAACAGGAGAUAUAGAGCCAUCAGACCAGAUUAUGCAUCCGACUCUGAAGACGAGGACUAGAGUGGCCCGUCUGCUGUCGAUGGGGGGCAUGAUGUCGGAGAUGGGGGACAAAGGCAAAUGCCAUUCUAGGAGAGCUUAUUGCACCCAUUAGAAUUGUCGGGAUGGAAACCAUGGAAACAAUCGGUUGUCUUUCGCUCUCAAAGCAUCUUGUGGUAGAGCAACAUACUCUAGCGGAGCAGUGGAGGUU